CAGUCUUAAUAUGGAUCUUCUCCAUCAUGCAUGCCCUAUAAAUAGGGUUCUAUGUUAAUUCUCAAAUCAUCCCACAAUUAGAUAAUUAUCUUAGCUCUCUGCAUUAGAGUUCAUCGAAAUGGGUUCAUAUAGUUUCUGUAUUGCCGUCCUGGUCAUGUUUAAUCUUUCAUUUAUGGGUUUUUCUGCUUCUCUUAACCCUUACUUCUACGCCAAAGUGUGCCCACAAGCUUUGCCAACCAUUAAACGGGUUGUGGGUGCUGCUGUAAAGCAAGAGAGACGCAUGGGGGCUUCUUUACUCCGUCUUCAUUUCCAUGACUGUUUCGUUAACGGCUGUGAUGCUUCUAUUCUUCUAGACUCGACGUCUGCUUUCACUAGCGAAAAGAAUGCAGUGCCCAAUGCCAAUUCUGCUAGAGGAUUUGAAGUCAUUGAUAGAAUCAAGUACGAGGUUGAUAAGGUUUGCGGCUGUCCGGCAGUGUCUUGUGCUGACAUUUUGGCGGUUGCAGCACGUGAUUCCGUAGUUGCAUUAGGGGGACCGAGUUGGGAGGUUCGACUCGGGAGGAGAGACUCAACGAUGGCUAGCGAAUCUAAAGCCAACGAUGACAUCCCUUCACCAUCCAUGGAUUUACCGGAACUUAUCAACUCGUUCAAGAAACAAGGCCUGAACAUGAAAGACCUCGUAGCCCUCUCCGGUGGCCACACCCUAGGGUUGUCUCAAUGUCGUCUCUUUAAAAACCAUAUUUACAACGAAAGCAACAUUGAUCCCAACUUUGCUCGUCAACGUCGAGCUACUUGUCCUCCCAAUGGAGGUGACUCUAAUCUUGCUCCUCUAGAUCCCACGCCUGCUUCUUUCGACACAAAAUACUUCAGCAAUUUGGUGUCAAAGAAAGGGCUCCUCCACUCUGAUCAAGCAUUAUACAAU